AUGGAUAGAAAAAGGAAAAUAUUAUCUUUACUAGGGUCUUUUAAUUAUUUCAAGAAAAAUUUGAGCUUUUAAGCAGCUGUAAACUAAAUUUAUUAUUAUUACUAGGGUCUUUUCUUAUUCACUUGGUAGAUGCUAGGUAGGUGUUAGGGACUUUAUAUAUUACUGGGAAUAUUAGUGGAUACAUAGCAUCUUAUUUAAGGGAGCACGAACAUUCUGUUACCAUCCAGGACAUCAAUAUUUUAUUUACUUUACAAGUGACUGCAAGCACUAUGACAAAUUUCCUUGGCUCCUGAAUUGCCCAACAAUAUUCUCCUUAUAUGUAAAUAUUAUUCAGAUCUAUAAUAAUUGGAAAUUCUCUUUUGGUACUCGGGAUAUUUGCAAGCUCAUUUUGCAAAGACUUAGUAAGCUUCAGCAUUACAUAUGGGUUUAUGUUUGGCCUAGGCUGCGGGUUGUCAUAUACAACUCCUCUAAUUAUAGGCUGGAGUCACUUCCCUAAUUCAAAAGGAAAGGUAAGUGGAGUCAUAGUUGGAGGUUUUGGGUUGGGAGCAGCAAUUUAUAAUCAAAUUGCUACGAAAAUAGUAAACCCAAACAACGAAAAAGCUAAUAUAAAAGUUAAAGAUGAUGGAACAACAAACCAUUAUUUUGAUAGCAGCAUUGCUGAUGGAGUUCCUGCUAUGCUCAGGUGACUUUCUCUUUGCUAUUUAAUUAUGAGCGUCGUUGGAAUUUUAUUGCUUGCACCUAUAAUAAAACAAAAUAAGGCUGAAAAGGACGAUUAUUCAUGUCCAAAUGUAAAAGAAGGAAUAAAGUCACACAAAUUUAUAAUGCUUUUUAUAGCAAGCAUAUGCUCUACCGGUAAUUUUAGAUCUAGCUUCGGGAUAUUAUGUAGCGGGAUCAUAUAAAAGUUUUGGAAAUGAAAAAAUCGGUGAUGACGAUUUUUUGUCAAUUGUAGGGUCAGUUAGUUCAGUAUUCAAUGGAAGUUUUCGAUAUAUAUGAGCAUAUUUGAUGGACAGAUCAAACUUUAGGUUAGCAUAUGGAAUUUUGUUAGUAAUCCAAAUCAUUAUGAUGGCAACACUAUAUUAUUCGGCAUAUGAUUGGUUUAAACCUUAAUAGUAUAAGACCAUUAUGCUAAUUUAAAUUAAAGAAAACUAUAUAAUUGAUUGUGCUUAAUAAAAUAUAGAAUAUAUAAGCUCAGUUGAAGCAUUGUUUUUUAUCUGAAUUUGUGUAAUUAUGAUGUGUGAAGGCGGCCAUUUUUCCUUAUUCCCUACUGUUAUGGCGAAGCUUUUUGGUAGAAAGUAAUGGAUAUUUAGUAUGGGAGCCAAAAUUUUUGGAAUAUUUUUUUUCAGUUUUGGCUUUGCGACGAUUGUGAUAUUUUUAACUCAACUUUAUAUCGUGCCUUCUUUAGGCUAUCAAGCAAUGUUUUGGAUUUUAACCUGCUUGUCAGGUGUUUCUUUUGUAAUUAAUUGGAAAUUCCAAGAAGUCUCACCAUGGAAACCUAUUAUAGAAGAAAAAGAGUUUGCUUUAACUGUCACAGAGCCUAAUUAA